AAAUAAAUUUAUUCGUUAAGCUUAUUAGUGCAACAUUUAAGAAAAGGUCUUUUUCCAGUUCUUAAUUAAUCAAAAUAAAUAACAAUAAAUUCUCGCCAGGUUUUGUUUAGCAAACCCACUCGUGAUAUAUUUUUUAGCAUAUUAAAUUUGAUACAACGUACGUUUGAUUCAUUCAAAUCUUCUACUACUAUUGGCUUCUUUCUGCUCCCACGGAGCAGCCUUUUGAGUGACUAGUGCAAAGACUACUACUGAUUUUGAAAUUAUCUCUGUCAGUUUGACGUCUAGCAUGACAUUGUUCUAUUGGCCUUGUUAUAAGUGAGGUUUUACUAACAAAAAAACCUACCCUGGCACUUCACAUAGUAUCACGCAUAUCACUGUAGCUCCAGUUGCGAGAAUGACGACCCUGACCGAUGUAUCAUUGCUGCAAAAUAAACCUGCCACAUGUGCUUCGAAAACUUUGAAUAAAUUCACCCUUCCAUCUUCUGCAUGUGAUAAUAUCGAAACCACAAACGUCCCUGAUUCUCCUGCUGUUAGAUUGGCAAAGUCUAUUGAGGCUCUAAAGCGGGGCUUUUUCUGCGAUAGAAACUUUGUUAAUAAAGUAGAUGGCGGCAACCAAACGGAUGUACGUAGUGGCAGAGAAACGGAAAGCGAUGCCGAGAUUUGUGGAAAUACAUCAUUGGCACUGCUGCCUGAAAACUUACCAGCAGUAGUUGCCUUCCCAUACUUGACAGACGACUUUUUAGAGAAACUGGGCCUCGACGAGGGUUCUCCUGAGUUGCAAUUAUCGAAGGAAGACACCGAAAAGAUAUUUAAAUCACUAACGCUCCAGAUGAACCUUAACAUGGAGGAUAUUAUGGAAAGACUGAAACAACAUAAAUAUGAGUGCGAAAAACAGCACAAGAGAUGUUUUUAUCUUAUAAAGGACAUUUCAACACGUCUGAGAGAUCACAAGUGAGCUUGAAGAGAAUUAGCGGUUAAAAGAGACACUUGGAUACGAAAAACAUGCGUUUCCAUACACCGCUGGCAUUCGCAUAUGAAUCUGCAAUAGUUGCAAACUUUCCGCACACAAAAAUUGAACGACAUCACGCUCAUUAUAUUAGGACGAAUUGUUAACAACAAACGCCAUUUUUAGGCCACAAUACUUAAAAUCCAUGUCAAAUACAAAUAAGAGGAAGUGAACAGUAUCAUGUUUACGAACACAUUUCAAAACGUCAGUUGUUUCCAUGGCUAACCUGACCAAUGGGUUUCAAUCGAAUAAGCCUCGUAUUAAAGAUAUUUUAAAAACUUUCAUUGAAUGUACUCUAAGCCGUCAAUAUAAAUUUGAUGAUGAGGGGAUGCAUACUCAAGCUCAGAAUCUUACAUAAACGUACUACAGUAUUUUCACUGGAAAAGAGUUAUGUAAAUCACAAGUAUUUCUUGCAGUUACAACAUUUUUAGUGUGACACGAGGAGGAAAGUUUUCUGUCAAGUGUGACUUGUAAGUCAUUAACUGUGAUAGGUCUGACAAGUUUAAUGCCACCUUUUGAAACGAAAAAAAAACCUGUUUUAACCAAACCAGUUGUCCACCCUUACAAUGUCAGAGAUUCUACCGAAAAGUUUCACAUCGUCAGCAUAUAUAAGAAAAUCAACAUCCAUAAAUUCAGAAAUAUCAUUUAAAAAAAUAAUAAAUAACAGAGGACCCUAAUUAGAUCCUUGAAGAAUACGUGACAUAGCAAGGUAUUCGCUUGACAUUGCACAUGACACUGUUUCCUAUCAAAUAAAUAAAAUCUGAAAAACUAAAACUAUGCCAAGCUGCUUCAUGAAAAUUCCUUAUCCGUAAAUCAUGAAACUAUUGGAAGGAAUUACGUUUCAGCUAUUUUUGGGCAUUUUAGAUGUAUAGGCGCGAC